AUGUCUCACCAGGGAAGAUGCAGUGCAACUAAAACAGAAAAACCUGCCACUAUUUUUCUCUUUCUCUUCCUCAUCAUUGUGUCUGCUCAAAAAACUACUACGUUCACAGUUGGUGGCAAUUCCGGUUGGACUUUUAACGUUGAAAACUGGACAGAUGGAAAGAAGUUCAAGGCGGGAGAUAUACUUGUUUUCAACUAUGAUCCAUCCUCCCACGAUGUGGCAGUUGUUGAUGCCAAUGAAUUUACUAGUUGCAGCGCUUCUUCAAACUCUAAGACAUUCAGCACCGGCAAAGAUCGAGUCAAAUUAUCGAAGGGACUCAACUAUUUCAUCUGCACUGUUCCCGGCCACUGCAAUGGGGGAGUGAAGAUUUCAGUUAAUGCUUCCUAA